UUUAUUAAAAGGUAACGUGGGCUUUGCCUAUGCAGAAACGUGCCUGCGUGCUACGACCGUAUGCUUGUUUGAGUGUCGUAGCCUGUAACGUUAGCGCUGCAUUGACGAGGCGGAGCUCCGGAGGACAUGAGGCACAAAACAGCGGCUUCACCUCCUUCGGCGAGCCAGGAACUACUGCAGAUGCAAAGGAGCCCGGUUAAGUCUGUUAAGAACCUAAGAGCCUAGUCCAAUUAUCAUGAGGAGACCUGCAGAAAUCCUCCCCGCGCGGUGUCGUUGAGCCGACAUGGCUGCUUCAGCUACUACGACGAUCUGAAGAAUCAAGACAUUGCUCUGCCUCCUUCAGCGAAAGCCUGAAUAGCCUACGACAAUUCUUAUUGCGGUGUAGCAACACUCACGAUGAACGAUGCCAAUCGAUAUGAGGAGUCUGUGAACUAUGUCCUCAGCGCCAGAUAGAUAGAGCUAUAUAAUCUUGUCUGUAAGCUGUUUGUAAUUUUCAACGCCAACGCGUUUUCUUUGAGGUAGAAGGAGCGCCUGCCUGCUUUAUCCCUUUGGACUAUUUCUGGAAUUUCGAUCUUUAUCAUGGAAAGCUACACCGACAUCUUAUUGGUGACUGCCAAUGUUGGAUCUUUAUUUGACAAUGUGGGGGAGAUGGAGAAGGAUUGGCUGCGAGAGUUCUACACGGCGGUCCACACGUACAAGCCUCGCUUCGUGGCCCUCCAUUUCCAGGAGGUGGGAGGGAAAGAGUACAUGGCCAAUAUGGAGCUUGCUGAGAACUUCUUCAGGAGCAUGGAGUCCAGUGAGGAGAUGCGAGACUUUGACCGUGUGUCUACCUACGUGGACAGCCACUUCAAAACCGUGGACAGCUUCACUGCGCUGGGAAGCAUGUACUUCAUCCACAAGAGUCUGAAGAAUAUCUACCAGUAUGAUUUUAAUGCACGGGAGUUCAAGCCCAUCGCUGGACAGAACAAGUUCGUGGGCUCUCUAGAGGGAGUGACCACCGUGCAGAAAGAAAUUCCAAAGAAUUUCUGGCCCGAUUUUAAAUGGUCCAGGAAAGGCUACAUGAGGACACGAUGGCUCAUUCAUAACCAGGGUAUGGAUCUAGUGAAUGUGCACCUCUUCCACGAUGCCUCCAACCUGAUCGCCUGCAACUCCAGUCCCUCUGUGUACUCAGGCAACCGCAAGAAAGCUCUCCGAUACGUCAUCAACAGGAUAUCUGACGGCACUGACAGCCCCCUGCCUUUCUUCCUGUUCGGAGACUUCAACUUCCGCCUGGAUACACUCAGCCUUGUGCAGCACCUGUCCAUCUCAGCUGACGUGCAGACAGUGAAGAAGGACAGCAGCAAUGAGGUGGAGAGGAUCAUCUGUGAGGAGAAAGACAACGACCACAAGGUUCUCCUCCAGAUUGAAACAAAGCUGUUUGCCUACCUUCACCAGGCUGUCUUUAGGGAGGACAACGGCAGAGCACUGCUGAAAUAUGAUAAGGAGAUCGAGGUCUUCAAGGAUGUGAUCUCCGAGGAGGAGAUUCUCUUCCCGCCCAGUUACCCGUACAGCGAGGACUACUCUGAACCCACGCAGUACAUGAACACACGCUGUCCAGCCUGGUGUGACCGCAUCAUCUUCUCAAACACUGCCCAAAGUAUCAUCCACAGGAGGGAGGAGGGAGAGCCGAACGUGAUCUACAACACCCUGGGUUCCAAUGUGUGUAUGGGAGAUCAUAAGCCUGUGUUCCUGUGCUUUCCCCUGAAGACAACCGCACCCUGACUUGCAACAUGACAUCCAACCUCGACACCCAGAGCUGUCAGAGGAUUUUGAAGAUCUACCCCCAUCACUUACAGUAUCACUCGACAGACACACACACACACACACACACACACACACACACACACAAACAAACAAACAAAC